AUGUCUUACCCGCCCCAGAAGAACGGUAGUCCCAAUUACUACCAGCAAGGACAGCAAGAUAUCGGCAUCCAGCAGCAGCAGCAACAACAAUACCCCCCACAAGCCUAUCAACAACAACCCAACCAACCUCAGCAAUACCCACAACAGCCUCCGCAAUACGGCCAACAAGCAAAUAACAACGAGAAACAGGACUUUCAGCAGAAGUUCCAGGUCGAUAGGCCAAAGUACAACGAUAUAUGGGCAGCAUUGCUGUUCCUUGCCACCUUUGCAGGAUUCACCGCCGUCUCGGGACUUUCCAUCUAUGGGUACAGUUCGACAAAGGGAGCUCAGGGCGGAGGCAUUUAUGACUCUGGCGUGACGACUUUGGCUUUGAAUACAAAUACCAUAAUUCUAUUGGCUAUAUGGAUUACUGGCAUCCUCCAAGUCGUUUUCGGCCUAGGGACCGCCAUUGUCUAUUUCGCCAGACAUUACUAUAGUGGAGCCAUCGUUUACCUCGUAUUCACUGUCUUUUAUAUCGUCUGCUUCAUAAGCUGGAUUCCUCGAAUUCCCUUUUCCGUCUUGAUGCUCCAGACCGUCAUUGAUGUUUCGAAAAACUACGGGCAUGUCUUUAUUGUUUCUUUGAUCGGGGGACUUAUUGCCACGGCAUUUGGAGCUUGGUUCUCGGUGACGUUGGUUGCGAUAUACGCGAAAUACUACCCUGGAGGGCCUGGUUGCAGCGUUGACGGUGCUGGUGGCUGCAGCAAGGCUAAGGUUAUUGGAUUGAUCGCCUUUAUUACCUUUGCUGCUUAUUGGAUCACAGAAGUCAUCAAGAAUGUAAUUCACGUCACCAUAUCUGGGGUCUACGGAUCCUGGUAUUUCUGCGCUCAAACGCCAGGAGGCUUCCCAAAGAGAGCCACGAGAGGAGCUUUCAAACGUUCCAUGACCUAUAGCUUCGGCAGUAUCAGCUUUGGAAGUUUGAUUGUAGCAAUCGUCCAAUGUCUUCGUCAAGCCUGUUCGAUUGCUCAGCAGAAUGAAGCUGCUCAAGGUAAUAUUGUUGGGUCAAUUCUCUUCUGCAUCUUAGGCUGUUUCAUUGGGAUACUGGACUGGGCGAUUCAGUUCAUCAACGAGUACGCAUUCUCGUACAUUGCUUUGUACGGAAAAGCAUAUAUUCCAGCUGCAAAGACAACUUGGACAAUGAUGAAAGACCGUGGCGUCGACGCUCUCGUGAACGAGUGCCUCAUCAACCCUGUUCUGACCAUGGGCGCCGUCUUUGUGGCAUACGUUUGCUCCUUCCUAGCUUACCUUUACCUCGAGUUUACAAAACCAGCCUACAACGACGGAAAUGCUUUUACCGCCGUAGUCAUGGCUUUCGCUUUCUUGAUCGGAUUGCAGAUCUGCAACAUCUUCUUGGUACCGAUUAAGAGCGGAAUGGCGACAUUUUUUGUAGCCAUGGCGUUUGACCCGCAAGUGUUGAUUAAUGAGUAUCCGGAUCUAUGGCAAAGGAUGGUGGCGGUUUAUCCUCAUGUUUCACAAGCUGUGCAUGUUUAG